AUGUCCGCUCCAAAGACCCCACGAACCCUCCGCUGCCCCAACUGUGACCUCGUUGUCGCUCGCCCCAGUCACCUCGCUCGUCAUGUGCAAUCGCAUCUCCAUCCUUCCCAACGAGAGCAUUACUCCUGCGACCAGUGCGGUCGCCAAUUUUCGCGCAAUGAUGUCUUGCUUCGACAUCUUCGCACUGCCCACCAAGCAACCAUAUCCCGAAAGAGAUCUGCGCAAAAGUCAUGUUUCCGGUGUGUCAAGAAAAAGUUGAAGUGCGACCGUUCACACCCAUGUCUGCCUUGCACAAAGUCGGGUUCGUUUUGCAAAUAUCCGACGGACGACGAAAAGGAGGAGAGCAGGAUCGCAGAAGGCAAGGUAGAGUCGCCAACUCCAAUGUCUGCCCAGCUCCAAGAGCAACAACCAUGCCAGAACGCCGCUUUCCAAAGUACACAGGACUACCAGCACGAAACAGAAACCCAUCUAGGAGUCAUGAAUGGUGGUCCGGGUCUGGUUCCCAAUGCAGUUCAGAGACCAGGCGCUGAUCGGGCUUUCAAUGGUAACGCGACUUUCUUCCAGCCAACCCCAGAAGACAAUCCGAUAGAAAUGAUCUCUCCAGAUCUCGUAUCCUUCCCGAACACCAGCCCCAAUGGCGGCGCCGAGUUCAACCACUCUAUGAUGGGAUUCGAGGGAUUCUUGCCAGGCGAUUUCAAUUUCAUGUCUUACGACACGGCCCCGAGAAUUGUCGGUGGAGUGGACUGGCUCAAUCUAGACCUGGACUCCCCGAGUAAUGGUGAUCUUCAAGCUCACUACCAGAAUGGUGCUGUUAUGCAACCAAUGUAUUUCCAACCGUCAAUUCCAAUCGACCCGCAAGACGCGCUGCAGAACAGAAAUCAUCAAGCUAUAUCCGCCCAAUUAAUGCCAAUCCGGAACCAAGAAUCCAAAGGCAUUCCCACAAAAUCCUCCGAGUCACGAGCCGCUACUCAUCAAUGGCCCUUCGACCACACGCGGAAUCCGGAAUCUCAGCGAUACAGGCUUCCCCCUCUGCGAGAUAUUUUGCAAGGCACUGUCGCGUCAAGUGAAUCAAACAACGGAAGCACUAUCAAAAGCUUGAUCCAGUUGCUCUCUUCGCCAUACUUGCCAGAGAAAGAUCUCUCCCACGACCCAAACAUGAAGUCGGCCAUGGAGCUGCUGAAGAACUCCCUGGAUUUGUACUUUGACGAGUUCCACAAUAUCUUGCCUCUGGUUCAUGUCGCUACCUUCCAAAUGACCAAGGUCCCUACUGUCACCUUGGCGGCCAUGGCUUGUAUUGGGGCGAUGUACUCAGACGAUCAGCAUGGAACAGAACAGUCUUGGUCUUUGAGUGAAAUGUGUGGCCAGAUGAUUGCGUGGCUGGGUGUAGGAGAUAGUACUCGUUUUUACAACUCACCAUAUCUUAUAGCUUGCUGUCUUCACCAGAUAUAUUCUCUCGGCUCUGGAAACAUGAGGCUUUACGCCAACGCAGAUUGUUCGAGGGGCAUAUUGAUGGGUUGCCUCCGUGGGAUGGGCUUGUUAAAGUCCCGUAUCAGCACCGAGGUCGAGUGGGAAGACUUCAAAAGUCCACUACCUAACGAGAAUGCGGCAACCGAGUGGCUGAGAUGGAAAGAUCAGGAGCAAGAGAAGCGCAUUGCUUGGUCUUCUUUUGAGUAUGACUGCACUUUGUGCACGCUGACCUCGCGUCGAGGUGCUGCUGACUUGCAGGAACUUCCGUCCUUUUUGCCCUGCACCGAGCCCUUAUGGGAUGCAAGGUCGCCCCAAGCUUGGGCUGCACUUUAUUCUCGACUGACUCCGACCGCUCGUGGAGCAUCGACCGCCAAAGUGCUGCGUAAUCUCCUCGCUGGAAAGGGUCUCCCUGAAGACCUGCCUGCAUGGGGCAAGAGGCUGUGUGCUCAGAGUAUCGGCCGACUUCUUUGGGAUAUCAAGCAGCUGGAUAUCAUGGCGACGACCGAGUAUCUGAAGCUUCCUUCUCUAGCUGCGGCCCAGAGACAGACCAAAAGCACCCUACUCCAAGGACUCAAUGCGCUUUGCGAAUCCAUGUAUGCUCUGACUUCUACAGCCGAUCUCAUCCACUACAAUCUUACCGCGCUCAUCUGUCAUUACUCCCACUUGUAUAGCGCCGACGAGGCUAUGGACCUUAUUGUCCAUAUCUUCCGCUCUUCUGCUUCGCAGUCCAAACAACUAGAUCACAGCCUUGUGUCGGCCACGCGACGCCUACGUUCAAUCCUCGUGAAAAAUCCCACAAAGGCUCGCAACCUGGCCUGGCAUGCUGCUCAGAUCAUUGCCGUGGCAAACGAAUAUCUGGUCUCUGCGCCCUGUGAGAUCAUGCGAACUUUUAUGGGCUACAUUUUCAUCCUUGCCUUUGCCAAAUUCGGGCCACAACCCUCCUCAGACCCCGGUUACGCCACAUGUCCUGUCCGACUCGAUUUGCCGAAUCGGAUUGACGGUCAAAGGACCGCAAUUGCAACCUGGAUCGAGAACGGAGGACCCGCAAGUAUUGGCGCUGUCGAAAACAUCUACAGCAGUGGCAGUCUCGAAGCAAUAAGCCACGAAGCUCAAACCAUGCUCCGGAAAAUGCGGUUCUGGAAGCUCUCCAACAAGUUCAGUCGGAUACUUGAGAGCUUUGACUUUGAUUCCGAUUAG